AUGAAGCAUCAGAAGCAGUUGGUGACCGAGUACCAGCAAAACCGCUCGGAAGACCCUGUCGAGAUGCUGCAUGUUGUUUACACGGGUUUUAAGAAGACUACCACUCUAUCACUCUAUGAUUUGCAGAGCGAAGCGGCUCUUGUCAGAGCCGGCGGCCACCUGAGGCGCGAGACAGACAGCCCCUCGCGCGCCCCUCCACCAAUCAGCGGAGAGGGGCGGUGCCCGCCGGGGGGCGGUGCCCUCCAAGCGCGGGAAAGGAUCCAUCGCUCGGCGCUCCGCCGCGCGCGGAGAACUCGCUUGACGGGUGAGGAAGGCAAAGAAUUCACUGCAGAUGUCAAAAAACACUUUCCAAAACUUUGCAGAGUGUUUAAGGCACACAUUUCUGAUGAAAACUCAGCGCUAAAUAAUGCAGCUUUACAGGCGUUAGGAUUCUGCGUUUUUAAUUCAAGUGUUACGUCUGCAUUAUCUGCAACUGAAAUAGGAGACUUGCUUUCAACGGUGAACAGUGUUGCUGUAAAAACUUCUGACAAAAACACUCGCACUCGGGCACUUUGGGUGAUCUCUAAGCAGGCGUUUCCUUCUGAAAUUGUUAAAAAAGAGGUGUCCAAUAUAAUUUCUACUCUGGAAACAAUUCUUACUAAAGGAGAUGUACAGUCUAUGGUGGUUGAAUAUGAAGCACUAAAUGUUAUUAUACGCUUAAUGGAGCAAACUCCAGCCCAGAUGGGAGAGGAGGCUGUGAGGUGGGCAAAGCUGAUCAUUCCUCUGGUUGUCCAUUCGGCUCACAAGGUGCAGUUACGAGGUGCCACGGCUCUGGAGAUGGGCAUGCCACUGCUCCUCCAGAAACAGCAGGAGGUAGCGGCCAUCACUGAGCACCUAAUGACCACAAAAUUAAUUUCGGAACUUCAGAAAUUGUUUUCUUCAAAAAAUGAGACUUAUGUGUUAAAAUUAUGGCCGCUGUUUGUCAAAUUACUGGGAAAGACCCUGCACCGUAGUGGCAGUUUUAUCAACUCGUUGCUGCAACUGGAGGAACUGGGAUUUCGUAGUGGCUCACCAGUGGUAAAGAAAAUAGCCUUCAUUGCAUGGAAGAGUCUAAUAGAUAAUUUUGCUCUAAAUCCAGAUAUAUUGUGCAGUGCUAAAAGGCUGAAGUUGCUAAUGCAGCCACUGAGCUCCAUCCAUGUGAGAACAGAGGCUUUGGCACUGACAAAACUGGAGGUCUGGUGGUAUUUGCUCAUGAGGCUGGGCCCUCAGCUGCCUGCAAACUUUGAACAGGUUUGUGUACCAUUAAUCCAAAGUACUUUAAGUUUAGAUUCUGCCACUCCAUUGCAAGGAACUCCCUCACGGGCACCAGCCAACCAAAGCCUGGCCUUGGCAACCCCUACAUCAAAAUCAGGUCCUUACCCAUUUGCAAAUGCGGUCACGCCGAGGAUGAACUUGGCUUCUAGUCCAGCAGGAAUGGUGGUGAUUCCCUCCAUUCAGCUUUUGGGGAUUGAAAUGCUGCUUCACUUCUUGAUGGGACCAGAAGUUGUAGAUUUUGCUAAGCAAAACAAACUUGCACUUAGUUUAGAGCCUCUUCAGUACCCACUGAUCAGUAGUCCUUCUUUUUUUUGUAAGCAUGCCAGCACGUUCAUAAAUGCCGUUCAGGACGGCUUUAUUGCAAUUGGAAAAGAAGUUCCAGAUUGUAUGCUGAAUGUUAUAUGGAAGGACAUAAAUGGAUAUGUAAAAACUGCUAUUGAGUCAGGAAAUAAGAAAGAAAAGCAAGGGUCAGAAAUACUGACUAUGUUGCUCCAGGCCUUAAAAAACACUGUUAGAUCAAAUUCUCUUCCUGUGCAGAAAAUACUGUCUCUCAUUGAUAUCACUGUUAAGGAACUGCCUUCAAAAGUAUUGGGAUCACCAGCUUAUCAGGUUGCAGAUAUGGAUCUUUUAAAUGGAACACCAGCGCUGUUCUUAAUCCAGCUGCCUUUCCAUAAUAACCUCUUGGAAUCCUGUGUAACAGAGGAGAGAUUCUUUGUAAUCCUAACAACGCUGGUGGGUUUUGUUUUGUCUGGGCCUACAUCUCCACUGGCUUUCAGUGAAUCUGUGGUUGGAAUUCUUAAUCAGAGCGCAAAGCAAGUGGAAAACAAGGAGCAUCUUUGGAGGAUGUGGAGUAUUGUUGUUAAUCCACUGACCGAAUGGAUUAAUCGGACUAACGAAGUAAAUCAGGGUGAUGCCCUGGAACACAACUUCAAUGCUGUUUACAGCGCAUUGCUGCUACCAGUAUCACAUAUCUUCCCCGUUCAGGAAUUCCCCCAGCCAACUAUGAAAUCCUUGUUGCGCACUUGGUCAGAGCUGUAUAGAGCAUUUGCUCGCUGUGCUGCUUUAGUUGCAACAGCAGAAGAAAACCUAUGCUGUGAAGAACUUUGUGCCAAAAUAAUAUCUGGGCUAGAAGGUGAAACUCCAGUAAUGUUUGCAAUGAUGGAUGGUCUCACCCAUAUUAUAUCAGUUAUGGUUGACUGCCUCAACUUUGCACCAUAUGGUACUAAAUAUCAGCCCAAAAACCGAUCUCCACAGACACCUACAGAUUGGUCUAAGAGGAAGAAGGAACCCCUUGGAAAGCUUUCCUCUCUAUUUAAACUCCUGGUGAUGUUACUAAACUCUUUCCAUGUGUUCAGUUCCAAAGAAGCCUGUUCAGAAACGUUGCUCUCUGUUGGUCCUUCAAUUAUUGCUGUUCUCCACAACAUCAUCAGCCGCGUUUCGUUGCCUUCCGUUAUCGGGACCAUGUUUGCAAUCUUCUCAAAACCCCUGGCAGUGUUUUAUGAAAAAACAAAGCUUGCUGAUGUGCCCAAAGUGUACAGUGAGCUCAACAACAAGCUUGAAAAGCUCCUGGCUGAGAUCAUCCAGUGUGUGCAGUCUCACUGCACGGGCUCUUACGACAGCGAUUUGCUGGCGCAGCUUUCUCCCUUGCUCUGCGUGAUAUUCCAGCACAAGAACAAACAGAUCCGCCACCAGUGUGCCCACUUCUGGAACACAACGUUUGCCAAGGCCGCGUCGUUAACAUACCCUGAAGAGUUAAAGUCUGUGUUAAGCCAAGCCAAAAAGAAUAUUCCACUCUUGCUGCCUGCUUUUGAAAGCGUGGAGAUGGCCGAAGAGUACAGCGGCCCCUUCUCUGACGCGAUGGAAAAUUCACAGCUGGAUGCAAAAAUAAGUGGAAUGGAGGUAAAGCUGGGUCAAAAACGAGACUCUAUAUUGGCACAAACGAGUGAACUGAAAAACGAAGGAAAAGACAAGCCCAGUAACGUGCAAGUAACAUCUGCCAAGUUGAAACUAGAAUUUUCAUCUUCGAAGACUAAGAGUGAGAUACUCUUGGAAGAGGAGAAAUCAGUUGAUUUUGUGUUUAUUCCUCCAGAAACGAAAGAGAGAAUAUUGACAGAGCAUCAAAAAGAAGUGCUUAGGUCCAAGAGAGCUGAUAUUCCUGCAAUGUACAACAAUUUGGAUGCAUCACAAGAUACUACCUUGUUUUCUCAGUACACACAAAGCCAGGAAGAUUCUUUGGGAAAACCAUCUUUAAUAGAAAAUGCAAAAGAAGAUACUAAAGCCAAGCCUCAGGAAGAAAAUGCAAAGAGCGAAGGACGCCAAGGGGAGUCGGAUGAGAUGGUGGGGGGCUGCAAACCAGCCCAUCCUCCGGAGAACGCCGCCUGCGGGGAGGAACCACCCGUGACUCAGAUGGAGGAGAGCUCCACCUCCAGCAGCAGGAGGGGGACACAGAGGGACGCGGCCGACGCCGUCCCGGGGGAGCUGUCUGUUGGAGAGGGGUUAGAAACCAGUGCUGUGGACACGGCUUCGAAGGAGCCCUCCGUAGGCAACGAAACCACUUCCAACCUCAGCAGCAGUUCUUCCAGUGACGUCAUUUCGGGGACGCCGCAGCCUGCCAGCCGCCGGCAGUCGUUUAUCACUCUGGAGAAAUUUGGGAGUUCAGUGAACAGACCCUUCGGCCUCUCGGUGUUAAAUAGUAUCGCCGAGACGCCGGGGAGCACUUCUGUGGCAGGGAAACAGGAAAAUACAAGCGUGUGCAAGACUGGUGCUAAACCCGAAAAAUCUGGUGAAGAAAAUACAAAACCUUCAAAAUCGGAGCCCGAGCAAGGAGUCACCGCCGCGCGAAGGCUGACGCGUAGGCAGAGCAAGUUGGAGCACCAAGAAAACAAGCAGUCCAAGGUGUCCCUUGGGUCAGAACAAGAGUCUCCUGCCUCCAGCAGUACGGAAAACAGUCCCGAACUGUCUUCUGCAGUAGAGAACAUAGAAGAAGUUCUCCUUAAUCAGUCCCGAGCUCUCCAUUCUGCAGAAGAAGACAUUGUGAAAGUUGAAGGUGUAAUAGCAGAGAUAGAAAAGGUCCGGAAGCUGGAUAUGGAUUCUAAAGAAAAUACACCCCCAGAGGCCACCGUAUCACCUGAGCAGGUAACGGGGGACAACAGUCAGGUUCCACAGGUGUCCCCCACUCAGAAGAUACCAAGACGUUCUUUGAGACGACGGUCAGAAGCUGUAGAAAGCGCAGCGGGUAGUCAGGAUAAGGAAGAUGGCCACCAAAAGAGACGUAAAGAAGAUGAAAAAUCUGGGCCAAAGAAGGUGCCACAGACUAGAGAUGACGCGUCCCAAAAGCAGAAAGCGGUUUCUGGGAAAACUACAGAAAAUACAAAUAAAGAAAGCAACCUGGUGGAGAGAACUGCUGUGGAGGAGGAGGAGGUGAGUGCAAAGGAGUCUCCUGCUUCAAGGGGCCUCGAUGAGGAAGCAAACAAAAGUGGGAGGAGGCCAGAAGAUACCAUGAAGAGUGACGCAGAGGGUCAAGACGGUAGCUCCGGUGUGGUAGGUCAGAAGAAGGUGGAACGCCCGCGGUACCACACAAGAAGGGCCUCACAGGGAUUGCUUUCCAGCAUAGAAAACUCGGAGGCUGAUGGCUACGAGCCCAAGGAAGAAAGCACCAGGAAGAAAAGAUCAGCCAAACUCAAGAACAGAAGUGAUUCCCUGGAAAGUAAAUCGAAAGAUCUACAGCCGGGAAGCCAGAGCCAUGAGGUGUCUUCCCAAGGAAACGACAUGAAGAAUCUCUUGGAAGCAAGUCAAGGUGAACUGAGCCCUGAAGUGGGCACGGACGCUGCGGUGACAUCUGAAGUGUGUGACCCAAAGCAUCAAGAAGUGCCUGCAGGUGUUGGCAAAGCAGAGGCAUCUGCUGGCUCCAAAGAUUUGCCUGAUGCACAGAAUGUCAAUGUGGACCAAAAGAGCAGUAUGUCAGUGGAAUCAUUCUCCAACUCCUGUGUGUCUGAUCAGGAUUUGAAAGCACCAGAGGACGAUAAACAUGUUGAGAAGCAAGCAACUGAGGAAGAGUGUUGUCCAACUAUUCUGCCUGAACCCGUACCGGGAGGAAAUGCUUCAGGUGAUGACCUCUCCUCUUCGCCAGCACCCGAGGGGCAGAACAAGAGAAGCAGAAGGGUGAAAAGAGGGAGGAGCUGUGAUUGCUGUGGCACAAAGCCAAAGCAGCAGAUACUGUCAGUCACUGGAUCAAAAACUGAGAGCGCUCCUGAGCUGAACGAGUCCCAGCCCAGCCCAGUUCAGACGCCCCUAAAUCCAUCAGAGGUGUCCGGUAAUUCCAGUUUGGACGAGAGCUUGUCCCUGGCACCUUGUGCCAUGAGCACUCCAGUGCACCCCCCGAAGGAGCCCACUGCCUUUGACUUGGGAGGAGAGGGAAGGUCUGAAGAUGAUCUACAAGGAAGCGUUGUAGAAGAGGAGGGUCUGGAGGAUGCAGAGGGUAGAGCAGGAGAAACGACCGACGCGGUGGUGGACGUGGAAGAACCUGCUGAUCAGAGCGAUGGAACUGGGCAGUGUCUGUCUGAGGGUGGAGCAGAAGAGCCUGGUGACAGCUCCGUGGUGGCAGGGAAUGACAGUGAAGAACCAGUGGCUACGGAAAAGGAAGAAAUGAGUCAGAAUGGACAACCAGAGGAGAUACCCGAGGCGCCCAUUGACGUUAGCGAAACUGAGAAAAACCAGCUGGAUGAGCCAGAAAGCAACUGGGGCAACGAAGAAGCAGCUGAGAACAGCGUAGGAGAAAUUUGCACUAUUCCAAAUGAAGAGGUGAAGGAGGAGUUAGUGGAGACUGAAAUCACGGUGCCUGAAAACGCGGCCUUGGAGACAGAAGGUGCCGUAGAAGGUAACGGCGUGGGUUCCCCUCAAAAGCUGGAAGAUGACCAUUCGUUUGCGUUGGCGAACGAGAGCCCCAACGGGAUGCAGGCACGCUGCACGUGGUCUCCUUCCGCCUCGCCCUCCACCAGCAUUUUAAAGAGAGGUGUUAAAAGAAGUCAAGAUGAUGAUUCCCUGUCACCUGCCAAUAAGAUUCGCCGAGUCUCUUUCGCGGACCCCAUCUACCAAGAGGGACUGGCCGACGACAUCGACAGGAGAAGCCCUGUCGUGAGAUCCCAUUCUUCUUCCCCCUCUUCCCGGAGCCUUAAAAUUUUAUCCAAUAUCCAGGCUAAGCUUAUUACCACUCCAACCAAAGGAUUUCUGUCCCCAGGAUCUCGUAACCCUAAAUUUAAGAGCUCAAAGAAGUGUUUAAUCACGGAAAUGGCCAAGGAAUCUCUGCUCUGCCCCACGGAGUGUGUGUAUCCUGCCCUGGCUGGCUGCAAAGUGCCCGUGGACGUGAUUUUACCUCAGAUCACAUCAAACAUCUGCGCCAGAGGUUUGGGGCAGCUCAUUCGGGCCAAGAACAUCAAGACAGUGGGUGACCUGAGCACUCUGUCGGCCUCGCAGAUCAAAACCCUGCCCAUCCGCUCUCCCAAAGUUUCCAACGUUAAAAAAGUUCUGAAAGGAUAUCACGAGCAACAGGUAAAAUCCCGAGGUUUUGAGGAAAUAUCAGCACUUGAAGAUGCAGAAAAGCCCAUAAACAACAUAGAGGAGAAAUCUCUUUGUGUAGAUGAAGAAAAACUCGCAACAGACCUGCUGGAUGUGGUCUCCCCGGCCCCGCAGGAGCAGGCGGAGGCGGAUCUCCCGGGGCGGAUCGAGGCGCUGGCAGCCCAGCUGGCAGCAGAAGACCUGCACAGCUACUCUGGAAGCCAACUCUUCGAGAUGCAGGAGAAGCUGGUGGAGAUGACAAACUGCAUCAUGAGGAACCUGCGGGCCCGCUGGAAGUCCCCACCCCACGACGCUUCCGAUUAGUUGGGUAUUUCUAAGUAAGGAGGAUUUUGUUACAAGGAUUUUUUUUUUCCGCCCCCCCAGCCUGCUUUUCUCACUGACAAAUUAUUCCUUAAACUGUGCUUCUUUUUACUAUAGAAGAUUUUUUUUUUUUAACAUCUGUGGUGGGGGUUUUUCGCCCCCCGAGGCGUUUGUGCGGCGUUGCUAUGCAUAUUUCUUUCAGGUAGGGAAAGAAAACUUGAUGAAGUUGUGCAAUAGCAAAGACUGUGAAACCAAACCGACAGAAGUAGUUAAAUUAUUAUUAUUAUGAUGGGGUAUUUUCUUGGUUUGUUUUUUUUUUUCAAAUCCGAAGUGUUCUUACUGCUGCAAACUCUUCUCACUUGGUAAGAGAUGGAUCUCUCAGCUCCGCUCGGCUGCUCUCCCCCUUCAUGUCCUCCCGAGCUGCUGCCCCCCACAGACUUUUCUCUCUCUCUCUCUCUCCAGCACCAUUUUAUACUGAGAUAUAAACUGUGUUUAAUUCCUAACUGGGUGUUUGACAACUGGAUGACAUCUAUUUUUGCAUGUAUUUUUGUAAGGAUCACACUAAGGAGGUUCUCAGGCUCUUUCCCCACGUUCUUUGCUCGCAGCCCUUCUUCUGCAGAGAGCUUCUUGUUGGUUUGUUUUGGUUUGUAUUUUUUUUCCUUGGGGAAAGGAAUGGAUCAGACGAGAGCUCUUUGUAUAUUAUGUACAGACUUUUAUCAUGGCAGAUGUUGGUUAAUAAUUUAUGAUUCUUGAGUUUUAAUUGCAUGGAAUGCAUUGCUGCUUCUCAGAGACCUUCAGAGGGAGUUCUCGGGUUUUACUCUGGAAUCUGUAUAUAUUGUACCGUAGGACCUUUAUGGAAAGAAAAGUGCUGCAGGUUGUUUUAGAACUUACACGUGGACAAAUAAAACCAGCAAAUAGUUCCCAAA